UUAACAGGUUCCUGCCAUAUAUCACAUGACCUGGAUGUUCAGCAUUUUCUCCAUUCUACUGGCUUUUAAAUGCAGUAUAAUCAGGACUGGUCAUCAGCCAAUUAUACAAAAAAAACAAACCACUGCGGGUGUGUUAACAUCAGUGAUGCAAACGCUAUUUCCCUGGAAUAAUAGCUUGACAGAAUGGUGACUGCUGUGUAACAGAUGGAUUCCUUUUAAUUUGCCAUUGUACAAAUACACAAUGAAAUUGCGCUUCAAGUGUACGACAGUGCUGGUAAAUGCAUGGAGCUGUAGGACGUUUGGAAUGUGCCAGUAAGGAGGGUGAUGCCAAGCAGAUGUGCUUCAACAGGUAAGGGGAAGAUGAGCGACUUCAGUCAUCGUGGCAGGAAGAUGAACAAUGGCUACAGCUGUUCUAAUUUCAAUUGUAUAUUGGGCUACAAUUUAAUGUUAGUACUUCGGUAUGCUGGCUACUACUGUACCACAGUGACUUAUGGUGACUUGGUAUUUUGCUUACUAUCCUUAUAGUUCUGCAUAUUUUGAUUUUUUUUCAUAGUGGUCCUUCUGUAAGUCACUGGAUGGCUACAUUUCUCUCGCUAUCAGUUAUGUAUUUCGAGAAAGCAGAAUCAGAUUCUUGAUGGUAAUGCACGGGCGUAGGUUUGGUUUCAGGACUGGCAGAGACCAUAUCAGCCCCUAAUCCCCACCUUCCUAAACACACACGGUACCAUCCAUGCCAAAAUUCAUUCCCUUGCAGUGAUGUUUUUGUCCCACUUGAGGUCUUCUGAUAUGGUAGGUAAAGAAUUUAAAUAACGCCACGUAUUAAUGAACCAUAUAUAUCUAGAAAUACAUCAAAUCGGUACUGUUUUCGUUAGUUGAUAACCAUUAGUACAGGGUUUCACGUCUACAGCAUUUCCUGGUUUACUGCAAGGGAGAUAUUGCAAGGUUUACAGCUAAUGAUUAUGCUGCUUCUAAGUUCCUGCAUAAAAUAUACGUCAGAAAAGGUAUUGAGACGGGAACCUGCGUAUUUAAAUAAGCAUUUCUUACGUUUGAAACCACAGCGUUCUCCGAGUUUAAAAUACGCACGCGCGACGUACUCCAGCGCGCGAUUUUAUAUUACCAUGGCGACGUACCCCUUUCCCCUUUGACCUUUCGCGAGCGCUGUGGCGGGAGAUUCCAGCAUGGCGGUGCAGCCGAAACAGACCCUGUCCAUGGACAGUGCCGCUGAACAAGGAUUCCUGAAUUUUUACUUUUCUAUGUCCGAGAAGCCUGACACCACGGUCAGGGUAUUUGAUCGUAAUGAUUACUAUACGGUGCAUGGAAAAGAUGCUGUUUUUGCCGCAAAAGAAGUAUUCAAGACCAAUGGAGUUAUUAAAAGCCUCGGAUCAGGAGCCAGGCGCUUGGAGAGUGUGGUCCUCAGCAAGAUGAACUUUGAGUCCUUCGUGCGGGACCUGCUGCUGGUGAGGCAGUACAGAGUGGAGGUGUACAGGAACAAGGCCGGCAGCAAGAGCAGCAAAGAUCACGACUGGCAGCUGGCCUACAAGGCGUCUCCCGGGAACCUCACACAGUUUGAGGAGGUCCUGUUUGGCGGGGCAGGUGGCUCGGGGACCGGGGCUGGGGUGGUGGGUGUGCGCCUGGGCUCCAGCGAUGGGCAGCGCCUGGUGGGCGUGGGCUACGUGGACUCCACCCUCAGGAAGUUGGGUGUCUGUGAGUUCCCUGACAAUGACCAGUUCUCGAACCUGGAGGCCCUGCUGGUGCAGAUCGGGCCGAAGGAGUGCGUGCUCCCAGCAGGGGACGCAACCGGAGACAUGGCCAAUCUCAGACAGGUGGUGCAGCGGGGCGGCGUCCUGGUAUCGGACAGGAAGAAGGUGGAGUUCACCACCAAGGAUGUGGUGCAGGACCUGGACCGUCUGCUGCAGGCCCGCAAAGGGGAGACCGUGUCCAGCGCCGCCCUGCCUGAGAUGGAAAAGCAGGUCGCCAUGUCUGCCCUGGCCGCCGUCAUCCGCUACCUGGAGCUCCUCUCGGACGAGGCCGGCUUUGGCUCCUUCAGGCUCACCGCCUUUGACCUCGGCCAGUACAUGCGGCUGGACAACGCUGCCGUGCAGGCUCUCAAUCUCUUCCAGGCCUCCCCGGAUGACGCCGCAGGGACGCACUCGCUGGCUGGCCUCCUGAACAGGUGUCGCACGCCCCAGGGGCAGCGGCUGCUUAACCAGUGGCUGAAACAGCCUCUCGUGGACAAGAACAAGAUCGAAGAGAGGCUGGACCUGGUGGAGAGCUUCGUUGAGGACGCCGAGCUGCGGCAGAGCUGCCAGGACGACCUGCUGCGCCGCUUCCCGGACCUCAAUCGCCUGGCCAGGAAGUUUCAGAGGCAGAGCUGCACGCUGCAGGACUGCUACCGGGUCUACCAGGCUGUGGGUCAGCUGCCGGGCCUGCUGCAGGCGCUGGAGCGACACUGCGGAAGUCACCAGGUCCUGCUGCACGCCGUGUUCAUCUCGCCCCUCAAGGACCUUAACUCAGACUUCUACAAGUACCAGGAGAUGAUCGAGACGACGCUGGACAUGAACCAGAUCGAGAACCACGAGUUCCUGGUCAAGCCAUCCUUUGACCCGACGCUGAGCGAGUUGCGAGAGGCCAUGGACCAGCUGGAGAAGGACAUGCAGGCGGCGCUGAAUGCGGCGGCCCGGGAACUUGGUCUGGACGCUGGGAAGACCAUGAAGCUGGAGUCCAACGCCCAGAUGGGUUAUUACUUUCGGGUCACCUGCAAGGAGGAGAAGAGCUUGCGCAACAACAAGAAGUUCACCACGCUGGACGUGCAGAAGAACGGCGUCCGCUUCACCAAUAGUAAGCUGAGUUCCCUGAACGAGGAGUACACCAAGAACCGGGAGGAGUACGAGGGGGCGCAGAACGCCAUCGUCAAGGAGAUCAUCAGCAUUGCCUCGGGCUACGUGGAGCCGCUACAGACCCUGAACGAGGUGGUGGCCCAGCUGGAUGCCGUGGUGAGCUUCGCCGUGGCGUCCCACUCGGCCCCCGUGCCCUACGUGCGGCCCAGGGUGCUGGAGAAGGGCUCGGGCAGGCUGUUCCUGCGGGCGGCCAGGCACCCCUGCAUCGAGGCCCAGGACGACGUCUCCUUCAUACCCAAUGACGUCUCCUUCAGCCGCGGUGAGGAGAUGUUCCACAUCAUCACCGGCCCCAACAUGGGGGGCAAGUCCACCUACAUCCGGCAGGUGGGCGUGAUCGCGCUGAUGGCGCAGGCAGGCUGCUUCGUGCCGUGUGCCGAGGCCGAGAUCAGCGUGCUGGACCGCAUCCUGGCCCGCGUGGGGGCCGCCGACAGCCAGCUGAAGGGCGUCUCCACCUUCAUGGCCGAGAUGCUGGAGACGGCGGCCAUCCUGCGCUCGGCCACAGAAGACUCCCUCAUCAUCAUCGACGAGCUGGGCAGAGGAACCUCCACGUACGACGGCUUCGGCCUGGCCUGGGCCAUCUCCGAGUUCAUCGCCACGCGCUGCCGCUCCUUCUGCCUGUUCGCCACGCACUUCCACGAGCUGACGGCCCUCAGCCAGCAGGUGGCGACUGUGAGCAACCUGCAUGUGACUGCGCUGACCGCCGAGCGCACGCUCACCAUGCUCUACAGGGUACAGAAAGGAGUGUGUGACCAGAGCUUCGGGAUCCACGUGGCCGAGCUGGCCAGCUUCCCCAAGCACGUGAUCGCCAGCGCGCGGCAGAAAGCCCUGGAGCUCGAGGAGUUCCAGGACGUGGCCGGGGGGGGCGAGGACGGGCAGGACGGGGCCCCCGACGCCAAGAGAAGCCGAUCAGACAGACAGGAGGGAGAGAAGAUCAUCCAGGAUUUCCUCACCAAGGUGAAAGAUCUCGCUGCCAGUGGCAUCUCUGACCAGGACAUCAAGGAGGAGCUGAAGAAGCUGAAGGUGGAGGUCCUGCUCAAGAAGAACAGCUUUGUAGAGGAGAUGGUGUCCAGAACGACAGCCUCUGUCUGAAAGGGAGGCAGAGAGUCCAGGAGCAAAGAGCCGCGGCCAAUAGCUGUGCUUCUGGGGCUGCGGCCAAUAGCUGUGCUUCUGGAGCUGCGGCCAAUAGCUGUGCUUCCUGUGCUGCUUCGGUAUUGAUCAGAGCUUCAUUCUGUCAGUCUCACCUGCUGUUUACAGUGCAUAUCAGUCACUGGAGGGUUAACCCUAAUCUCCUGAGCCCCCUUUGAACAGUCCUGCCCUCAUUCAUCCCCACGUAUGUCUGAAAUUCAUCUGCCCUAUAUCAGGAGGUCUUGUUGUGAGAAUAAAGGUGUUUCUUUCCUGCA